AUGGUACAUAAUGAAGAUUUGGGUAGCUACAACAAUAAUGAAAUGAUCGAACCUAUGAGUGAUAUUUUUAUCAGUCAUUACUUGGCAUUUUUUUUUCCUGUGAUGUACACAUCAAACAAAAAAUACGAUUACUCUACAUACGAAGAUAAUGUUUUUGAUAUGUUCGAGUGUUUACUAUAUUUUGAUAAAAAUUAUACAGCGGCUCUUCGACGGCGAAUCGAAAGGAAAAUAAAAAACAACAUUGAUUUUGAAAACAGUCAAAUAAUAAUCACAAUGAACAUGACCGACGGGCGAACAGCUGCUGUUGUAAAAGAUCAACUAAUGAAACUCUAUAAAGAAUUCCUAUCGGACUACUCGCAUAAUAUGCUGACAGAAUACGUUACGGACAUCAAUGACGAUUCUAUUAAGUACAAUACAGUGAAGUACGACGAUGAUUACGAAUAUCCUAUUUAUGGACGAUUCGUAAAUUCAGGACUAGUUGUCAUUUUGACGUUCUUUUUCCACGGAGCAAUCGCCGUUCAGCUGCAACAGGUCACAGGUGAAGACUGUUAUUACGACGGUUGGACAUCAUAUCUAGCCUGUCUCAUCGUCCAAAUACCAAUUGCCGUUGUUUGGAACGCAUGCACAGUUGUACAUGUGCACAUCCUAUAUGAUAUUAUAAAUCCUUAUUGUCAUUACAUUUUCUUGGGUUUGUUGCUCGUAAGCAUCAGCGGAAUACACUUGGGAUACAUCUUAUGUUCAGUUGUGAAAAAUCAUUUCUAUGUCACAAUAAUAUUGUACUUAAAAUUUACAAUAUGCGUCUACGUCUCAGGACUAUGGUGGCCCACAUGUAAAUUAUUUGAUUGGAAAUAUGAGAUAAAUGGGUAUUUCCCAAUUUCAGCAGGCAUUUGUUUUGUUAGAAAUUUGAUUGAAACACAGAAUUUUGUUAUAAAAUCAUUAGUUAUUUUAACUUGUUGGUCUGUAAUACUUGUGAUUAUAACAGUUGUUGAUAUAGCAACUACCAAACAUGAAAAAAGGAACAAUAAAUUUAAAAAUCUUUUAUAA